AUGGCGGUCACCGGAUUGAGUUGGAGAUGGCUGGUGACGUUGUUGCUUGGCCUAGUAUUUACAUCGGUCAACAUCGCGAAUCGUUUCCACAACACUCAAACUCACAUAUUUCAUGGGCAUGAAUACAACACAGAGGGACAUCCCAACAUCUUGGCCCUUCGCAAGAAGCUUUCAGGAACCUGGCGCCUUGAAUCAUAUGAACUCAAAAUCUACGGGCCUAUGACUAUCACACGAUAUCCGUUGGGCCCAGAGGCAACAGGUUUACUCACGUAUAGUCCUGAUGGAUACAUGUCGGCACAUCUAAUGCGGCCCGGGCCUGAGAUGUUCGAUAAAGUGGCAUAUCAGUUCGGAUCCGACAAAGAAAUGGCCAACGCGGCGAAACAUAAUCUUGCAUACGCUGGUACUUACGAUGUGGGAUUUACGAGGGAUUUGGUGCCAUAUAUCAACCACACAGUGGAAACUUCCCUUUUCCCCAACUGGCUGGGUACCAACCAAACUCGUCUUUUGGAUAUGGAUGGUGAUCACUUGACACUGCUGCCAGGCGAGCUGUAUACGUGGAUGUACUUCUUCGCAGAACUGCACUUGGACGGUUCUGGAAUAGCAGUGCUUCCAAUCGCGUGGCAUGUAACCAUAGCAAACUUGACUGGCAUGUCUGCUGUUACUCGCCCGGUCGCGUACGCUACUAGAACAGGAAAAAGCUUCCGGUUCAGUGACGAGGGAACGGAAUGUUUCGUUCCUCUCAGUUUUGUUAUUGGAGGUGAAGGUGGACAUUAG